AUGCCUGAAACUGUUGUAACUGCAGCAUCCAGUGAUGGAAAAACAAUCACCAUUGAUCACACUCAUCCCUAUUACUUGGGAUCCUCUGAUUCACCCGGAAUGACUCUUGUUAACACAGUGUUUGAUGGAAAAGGGUAUCUGGGUUGGAGGAGGUCUAUCUUACUAUCACUUUCAACCAAGAAAAAGCUUGGCUUCAUAAAUGGAAGUUGCAAAUCUCCAGAUCCAACUUUAGCAGAUUUUGAACAAUGGAAUUGCUGCAAUGAUAUGGUGCUUAGCUGGAUUUUGAAUGCAUUAUCAAAAGAAAUAGCUGAUAGUGUGAUGUCCUCCACAACAGCUAAGGGUUUAUGGGACAGCAUGGAGCAAAGGUUUGGCAAAUCUAAUGGAGCCAAACUUUAUCACCUACAAAAAGAAUUAUUUGUCUUAGUACAGGGAAAUAGCGACAUAGCUGGAUAUUUCACUAAGAUAAAGAGAAUCUGGGAUGAACUGGACUCUCUAAGCAAGGGGAAACAUUCUUAUGAGAAUCAGAGAGAAGUAUAUGCAAAUGCACAGUUCUCUGCUGAUUCUGCAUCUUUCACGGCAAUGGGUCAAGGUAAGUUUGCAAACAAUCAGUUAAUGGUUGAGUUUGCAGCUUUUAUGGCAGCUAGGCAAGCUAGAAAUGCUCAGAAGUUCAAAUUUCAGCCACAAAGAGGAAGAGAUAUGAAUCAGAAAUUUAACAAUUCAGCACAAAGGUUUGUAAGACCACAAAAAAAGUUCAAAGGAAAGAAGAAGUAUAAUCCCAAUGCCACAUGUACUUAUUGUGGAAAGACAGGACAUGUUAUGGAUGACUGUUACAGACUGAUAGGAUUUCCUCAAGAUUUUGAGUUCACAAAAGGGCAAGAUCAGCCUAGGGCAAAUGGGAUAAUAUCAACAGAAGGAGAGGGAGAUAAGGGCAUACAAUAUGUUGAGAGUAAAGAGACUGACAUCACUCAGCAGUAUACCAAAGAGGAGGUGGCAGAGAUGAUGCACAUGUAUAAACAUGCAAAGCAGGCACAGAAGGGAAUUAAUGCAAAUGCAAUUGCUGGUACUGUUUUAAAAUAUUCAAGAUCAUGUUUUGCUAGUCUAACAUCAAGCACCUGGAUCAUAGAUUCAGGUGCUUCAGAACACAUGUGCUAUAAUCCUAAUUCUUUCAUGUUUCUAAUCCCUCUUCUUGUACCUUUAAACAUUAGUUUACCUAAUUCUUUCAAGUUCACAUGUGACAUCUUAUUUACAUCUAGUAGUUACAUAUUGCAGGGCCUUUCAAAGAUGAGUCCACAAGCUUUUGGUGAAGUAAGAGAAGGACUUUAUUUAUUGGAGCCUUCCAGUCCUAAGUCUAGAUGUUUAUUUACUUCUGAUGUUGUUUCAAUUCCAAAAGGAAGCAAUUCCAUUCAAGAGUCUGUUUCAGUUCCUAGUUCAGUAAAUGUCAACUCUAUCCCUAAUUUUAAGGUUAAAGUGAAAAUGAUCAGAUCUGAUAAUGCUUUGGAGCUAGGUAAAGGAACACAAGAAGCUGCCUAUUUAGCAUCAGAAGGUAUUAUACAUCAGGUAUCUUGUGUUGCUACCCCUCAACAAAAAUAG